GUUACUACAGAUUAUAAUACAGUGAUUUUUUUGUCCUGUCACCUACGAUUUUUGAAACUUCAGUAGUGUGAACUUUGACUUACAUAGCUCUUUAAGAAUUUUGCAAUGUCAGCUGUGAAGUUUGAGCUGGAUUAUCUUUCUCCUGAAGGCUUUAAACAUGAGCCUGCUUCCAACCCAGAGUUUCCUUUAACCUGUUUGACUGAACUCUCUGAUGAUUCCAGAAAGUUGGAACUUCAGCACUCCAAUUCUGUCCCCGCUGGCUUGCAAAAAUUGUGCUCAUCUCAUUGUGGGCUUGAGAAGAGUGUGUGGGCUGCCAAAGGCAAACAUAAUAAAGGUAUGAAUGUAAGCAAGAGCGAGAUAACAAAGGAAACUUCAUUGAAACCGUCCAGGAGAUCCCUGCCUUGCCUCGCCCAGAGCUAUGCUUACUCAAAGAGCUUGAGCCAAUCGGCCUCACUCUUUCAGUCAACGGAGAGUGAGUCUCAGGCUCCCACUUCGGUAACUUUACUCUCCGCUGGCAAAGCAGAGCCAGUUAAUGCUGAGGAGGAUAAAAAAGACUCUGUGCUCAAAUGCUCUUUUGCUGACCUCAGUGAUUUCUGCUUGGCCCUAGGGAAAGAUAAGGAUUACAUGGAUGAAUCAGAACAUGCUAAUUAUGACCGAUCUCGGCUAAUCAGAGACUCUGUUCCCAGAGAUAAUUCCGAAUCCAAGGCAAAAUUAUCUAAGAAUGACAUGAAUUACAUAGCAUCCAGUGGACUUCUAUUCAAAGAUGGCAAAAAGCGGAUUGAUUACAUCCUGGUUUAUAGAAAGUCAAAUAUACAAUAUGACAAAAGAAACACAUUUGAAAAGAACCUCCGAGCAGAAGGCCUGAUGUUGGAAAAGGAGCCAGCUGUCGCAAACUCUGAUAUCAUGUUUAUUAAAAUUCAUAUUCCAUGGGACACACUGUGCAAGUAUGCAGAGAGGCUAAAUAUCAGGAUGCCCUUCAGGAAAAAAUGCUACUACACUGACCGGAGGAGCAAAUCAAUGGGCAGUGUACAAAAUUAUUUUAGAAGGAUAAAGAAAUGGAUGGCCCAGAACCCAAUGGUUCUUGACAAGUCGGCUUUUCCAAACCUGCAGGAGUCAGACUGCUAUACCGGCCCCUUCAGCCGGGCCCGGAUUCACCACUUCAUAAUAAACAAUAAGGACACGUUCUUCAGCAAUGCUACUCGAAGCAGGAUAGUCUAUCACAUGCUACAGCACACCAAAUAUGAAAAUGGAAUAUCAAAAGUGGGUAUCUGUAAACUUAUAAACAAUGGCUCAUAUAUCGCAGCUUUUCCCCCACAUGAGGGAGCCUACAAGAGUAGCCAGCCCAUCAAAACACAUGGACCUCAAAACAACAGACAUCUGUUAUAUGAGCGCUGGGCACGCUGGGGAAUGUGGUAUAAGCAUCAGCCCCUGGAUUUAAUCAGGCUGUACUUUGGUGAGAAGAUCGGGCUCUACUUUGCCUGGCUGGGAUGGUACACUGGAAUGCUGAUUCCUGCGGCACUUGUCGGCUUGUGUGUUUUUUUCUAUGGAAUAUUUACGAUGAAUGGAAGUCAAGUAAGCCAAGAAAUUUGCAAGGCCACCGAAGUCUUCAUGUGCCCUCUCUGUGACAAGAACUGCUCGCUGCAGAGACUCAACGAAAGCUGUAUCUAUGCCAAGGUGACAUACUUGUUUGAUAAUGGAGGCACAGUCUUCUUUGCUAUUUUUAUGGCAAUAUGGGCCACAGUCUUCUUGGAGUUUUGGAAAAGGAGAAGAAGUACCCUGACUUAUACUUGGGACCUUAUUGAAUGGGAAGAAGAGGAGGAAACACUCCGUCCCCAGUUUGAAGCCAAGUAUUAUAAGAUGGAGAGAGUGAAUCCCAUCAGUGGAAAACCUGAGCCACAUCAGCCUUCCUCAGACAAAAUCACUCGUCUUCUUGUUUCUAUCUCAGGAAUAUUCUUCAUGAUUUCUUUGGUGAUCACUGCAGUGUUUGCUGUUGUGGUCUAUCGCCUGGUUGUCAUGGAACAGUUUGCAUCAUUCAAGUGGAAUUUCAUCAAACAACACUGGCAGUUUGCAACAUCAGCUGCUGCUGUCUGUAUCAAUUUUGUAAUCAUCAUGGCACUGAAUCUUGCUUAUGAAAAAAUUGCUUACCUUCUCACCAACCUCGAAUAUCCUCGAACAGAAUCUGAGUGGGAAAACAGCUUUGCUUUGAAGAUGUUUCUCUUCCAGUUUGUUAAUUUAAAUAGUUCUAUCUUCUAUAUUGCUUUCUUUUUGGGAAGAUUUGUAGGCCACCCGGGAAAUUACAAUAAACUUUUUAACCGGUGGAGACUGGAGGAAUGUCAUCCCAGUGGCUGUUUGAUAGACCUCUGCCUCCAGAUGGGCGUCAUCAUGUUUUUGAAGCAAAUAUGGAACAACUUCAUGGAACUGGGAUACCCGUUGAUCCAGAACUGGUGGUCACGACAUAAAAUCAAGCGGGGAAUACAAGAUGCGUCCAUACCUCAGUGGGAAAAUGAUUGGAACCUGCAGCCCAUGAAUAUUCAUGGACUGAUGGAUGAGUAUUUAGAAAUGGUUUUGCAGUUCGGUUUUACCACCAUCUUUGUUGCGGCUUUUCCUCUGGCCCCUCUUUUGGCUUUGUUAAAUAAUAUCAUUGAGAUCAGGCUGGAUGCAUACAAAUUUGUCACCCAGUGGCGGAGGCCUCUUCCAGCUCGAGCAACUGACAUAGGUAUCUGGUAUGGCAUUCUUGAAGGAAUUGGCAUAUUGGCUGUGAUCACCAAUGCAUUUGUAAUUGCUAUUACAUCUGAUUACAUCCCACGUUUUGUCUAUGAAUACAAAUAUGGCCCCUGUGCAAGUCGUUUUGAAUAUGGUGAAAAUUGUUUAAAGGGAUAUGUCAACAAUAGCCUAUCCUUCUUUGACCUGAGCGAGCUUGGUAUGGGAAAAUCUGGUUAUUGCAGGUACCGAGACUACAGAGGUCCCCCUUGGAGUUCCAAACCCUAUGAGUUCACCUUACAGUACUGGCAUAUCCUUGCCGCUCGACUGGCCUUCAUUAUCGUGUUCGAGCACCUUGUUUUUGGGAUCAAGUCAUUCAUCGCCUACCUGAUUCCAGAUGUACCAAAGAACCUGUAUGACCGAAUACGACGGGAGAAGUACUUAGUCCAGGAGAUGAUGUAUGAGGCUGAACUAGAACACUUGCAACAACAACGGAGAAAAAGUGGUCACCCCGUGCACCAUGAAUGGCCUUAGCUGAUGCCUGUUGCCCAGAGGGGCAGUAGCAUUAGCGGGAAUGACAGCAACUCUAAGUGCUGGGUGGGAUCCAGAAGGAAGGCAUACCUUGCAAACCAUGUGUGUGAUAUGUUAACUUGGAAAUGCGUCGCAGCCAUCUCUGGGAUUUGGAAUAUCCAGGCUUCUAGGGAAGAAAAAGCUGACUCAUGACCUUAAAAAAGGGUUCGAUUGACAGUGCAGGAAGCCAGGAUCUAAUUCCCAGACCCAGCCUCAGGGAGUUGUGUGUUUGGAGACCUCCACCUUCCGUCAUGCAGUGGGACGGGAAGGGUGACAGUGAGGUUUCUAGCGACAGAUUUCCAUGUAAACAUUCCGAAGGCAGGUGUGGGUAGGGGAUCACGUGGGCCUCGGUCACAUACUCUGGAACCGUAGGCUGAGCUGAGAUACUCACAGGAAACCACUUAAAUCAGUGCUUGCCUUUGCUGCCAGAAACCCGUGUCCCUUCAGCUUCUAGGUUUGGGGAAAUUCCCUUGCUCCCUGCCGAGAUGACAAAUGUGUGUCCCCAAGGAGUUUAUGCUGCUUUACAUUGACUGUGCAGUUGAAGAGUUGCACCCCACCCUUCGUAGUCAAACCAAAACCUGAGAUUCUAAAAAAAAUACCAAUCCUUGACAUACAUCCUAUUGCAUUGGCUACGUUCAAAUGCGUUGUAUCACUGGCAGGACUAGUUGUGCUGCCUUUAAAAAAAAAAAAAAAAACUAAAUUCUGAGAGAGCCACAUACUUUUAAAAUAUGGGUGUUUAUUCCCAUAUCAUUUAGAUCACCACUCACCAGGCUUUACGGUGGAAGGCUGUUUGAGAACAUCUUUGAUUUCUCCCUUUCUGGUUUAUCAUCACGACUCUCACGGAAUCGCAGAGUAACUUGAAAUGCUGUAAAUAUGUUGGUCUCCCUCGUACCUUUGCACGUUGGCGAUAUGUAAUGCAAGUUACAUUUUGUGCAGCCCUGAGACCAGUUAUGUAGUAUGCCGCUGUGACUUUAUUCAGGAAAGCAGAAGCCAAAUGCUUUGCAGCACUUUACGCUUUUCUAACAAUGUGCACUCUUGUUCAUGAGCUAAUGAAAACAAUGCAUGAAUAUAAAUUUAUAUUAUUUGUAAAAAAAAAAAAUUUUUUUUUUUUGGUUUAUUUUCUUUUCAUCCACGAAGGGGAGUUUUCUGUUAUAGUUUCUUUGGUAGACUGAUUUGGUUGGUUUUUAAAAACUCUCUAAAACCAAGAUCAAGUCAAUUGUGAAAGACGUCAUCUUGCUUUGUUGUGGAGUUGCUGUUUCAGCGUCAGCUCCGUGUUAUUGUUCACAGACAGAUGAAGUGGAAAGGAUGCAGCCUCCCAGGAAAGAAAGUCCGGUGGAGGCAUAAGCAAUGGGAGCAGGAGGGGAAGCAAGAGGAGAGCUGGAGGAAGGGAAUGUGGGAGGCAUCAAGGCCCCGUUCCUUGGCAAAACAAUCCAAGUUAAUCUCAGUUUUCCUCCCCUGGGAAUUGGGUGGUGAAGCACAUACACGCACACAUUCACGAAUGUACGUGCAUAUAUGAUUCAUCAUCUUUGACCAGUUGGGUUUUUGUUCAAUUAAAGAAGCACAGUUAUUUCCAAAAUGCUUAAGGACCAGAGUAAAGAUGGUGGAAAUAAAGCCAUUUUGUAUACCUGCUAGCGGGUCCCCAGGAAGGAAAUUAUAAAGUUCCUCUAACUGGGAGACUGCUUUUUAUCAUCCUAAUGCUGAAAAUAUGUUUUUUUUUUUUUUUUUUUUACUUUUUCUUCUUUUACUCCAGGGGAAAGCUGUGAUAGGUUAUGGUUGUUCCUUGGUUUGCUGAUGUCAAAAACAUUCACCUUCCUCCUUGGCCUCUGGUUCUGACUGAGCAGGGGGUAGGGCCCCAGACUCCCCCCCCCCCAAGCCUUUGUCAUGUGGGACUUGGCCAUCAGAUGCCUCCGAGGCUCUGUGGGGCCACCUGCAUGUUUGUAGCAGCUCAUGCCACUAACUACACGGGGGGGGGGGGGGGGUUGAACUCUUCCAUUUUUGUAGCAUCUGCAGCAUUUCCUCUUUCUCGUUAGCUAAAUGUAUACCAUGCCUGAGAAUAAUUGCUCUGGAUGCCUGUCAAGGCCAUAAAGGAGCCUGACACUCAUGCCUUCCUCAAAUUAGGGACACAAGGCAAAGACAUUUGCCUUACAGUAGAGCAAAGAAGGAAGAUAGCCACGACCCUGAGAACUCUUUCUAUUAUUUCCGAGUUAUUUUGGUAUCACCACCAUCCGGGUUUAAAAUCCUACAGAUUGCCUAGAGAAAAAAGCAUGAAAAAGGGAACAAUAUUUUCCAUUAAAAAAAAAAAAAUUCUAGUACAUUGAUUUAGACAUUGCCUUCCCUGGUAAUUUCUGAGACGAAUUGGAAAAUAGGGAAACAAUGAAAAAGUUAUCUGGAAAUUUCCUUUUGGGACACAAGGCAGUAGAACCCAGCAACGCCUUCGUCUUGUCGACGCAGAGUAUUGGCGGGCCCCUCCGGCCCGGGAGUCUUGGAUCACUCUUGCUUUCCUUGAGAGACAUGUUUUAUAUCAUAGUUUUCAUAUGAAUACAAAUGAUUUCUCAGAAGAUUUAUAUAGCACACACUCUUCUCAGGAAUUCUGAAUUCCACGAAUGCUGCUUACCUAUUUUCAUAUCCCAGAUCGUUGUCUUUUCUAGCAGAUGACGAAUGCAGCUGUGCAUGCAGGCCGCCUCGGCGAGGUGUUCGGGCCGCAGCUCUUCCGGCCCACAUGGAGCAUCGAGGCCGUGGCCGAGCUCCUCUCCCGCCCUGAGCCCGGGCACGCACUUUUCACACUUUUCUCACUUUUCGAUGAAAUGCCGCUGAGUGACUGCAUGAUGAGACGCACCUUCCGAAUGAUGCAUUUUCUUUUGAAAUGACUCUUAGCACAACCUGUUGUAGAAUGGAAUGAAAAGGAACCUUUUCCACGCAAUAAAUUAUGUGAUAUGAUAUUUUUCCCUAUAAUUUGCAUGUUACAUUUGAUCCCGCUUGUUUCUUAACUGUCAGUUCGGAGCGCCUCUGGGGAGGGGGGGGAUUGCUCACUCUUCGAGCUCCAAAGGCUGUGGUUUCCCAGUCUUGAGAGCCCUUGUCACACUCCAAGAGAGUUCUGGCUGUGUGUCUUCUGACAAGCUCAUGGUCAUCAUCACGGCAUGUGCACAUGAAACGUGCAGAUGGAGACUCCUACUGAUUCUAACAAUGCUUUGUUCUAGAAACAGAUGGGGGAGGGAGCUUGAUGAGCUCUUAAGAAGUCAGUAAGACUUCAAUCCUACAGAAGCAUUUUCUUUCUUUCACACUUGGGCUGGCUCCAC